CAGCCUCCUCCUCCUCAGGUCCGCAGCGAUGUCCGCCCUCGCCAAUCCACUCAACCUGGCGCUUUCGGCCAUCCUCCUCUACCUCGCACGCAACCUCGUGCGCCCCUUCCUCGCGCGCACGCCGACGCUGUCCGCGGCGCGCGCGUCGCCGUCGUCGUAUCUCUCGCUGCCGGCCUCGCACCCCCACAAGGUCGAAUGGCGCGUCUUCACGCCACACACGCUCGCGCCCUUUGACGGCACUGCUGCCGACGCCCGCAUCCUGCUCGCCAUCGACGGCAGCGUGUUCGACGUCAGCCGCGGCGCCAACUUCUACGGGCCCUCGGGCCCCUACGGCAACUUCGCCGGCCGCGACGCGAGCCGCGGCAUGGCGAAGCAGAGCUUCGAGAUGGAGAUGCUGGCGCCGCUGGACGCCCGCAUCGACGACCUGCAGGACCUGACACCGGCUGAGCGGACAAACAUGCGAGAGUGGUACCAGCACUUCAAGAACAAGUACUUCAUCUGCGGCAUCCUCGUCAACACCGACGAUCCACGGGCAGCCGCCGAGGCGGAGGAGUGAUCGCGAGCGUCGAACGCAUGCGUGCUCGCGGCGUCAGUGCGAUGCAUUGGGAGGGAG